GAGAAACGAUACCAAUUAUUCCACGAAAAACCGUGUUUUCGUUUACUUUUCUUUUCUUUUAUUUUCCUUCUUCUUCUCUCCUUGGCCGCCGCCAAGGUUUGCACAAUCUUCGGUCCUCAGUCCCGCACAUCUUUAGAUCUUCUCGGAAAGUUACCCCGACUUCAACUCCGAAUCAAUAAAGGUGCUCUACUCUAAAAAAAACUUUGUGUAUGGAUUUAUCUAUUUAUGGAUAGAUUACUAGCUCGGAUGAAGAAAGCUUCGGGUAGGAGAAGUGACAAAACGACGCCGUUGCGGAAGUUAGAGCGUAUUGGCGCCUUGAAGAACGUCAAGUAUGACGCUGCUUCUUCUUCCUCCAGUUCCUCGGCUGACGAUCUCUCCGUUUCCACUUCUUCUCUCAUGACGCGCUCUCUCGAGGUAGAUCGAACCAGUUUCCGUAUCUUCGGAGGAGGCGAUGGAGAAUUGGAUCGGAUUUACAAGUCCCUUGGUGUCUCUGGCCCUGACGAUUUGGCUAUCUCUUUUGACGCCUGGGAAGCUUCCAUGAUGCGUUCCUCUUCUGAGGUCAUCAACAGGUUUAACUCUUUCGACCAUGAUUUUGGUGGUGGUGAUGCUGAUUCCCAGAUUUGGAGUUUGCCUGAUACAGUUGGUGGUGCAAAAGAGAACAAGCCUAGUGUUCUCGAGCGGGUUAUGUCCAGAGGUUAUCUUGUUCCUAGCUCCAGCUUUGUUGAUGUUGGUGGUGGUGGUGGUGGUGGUGGUACAAAAGAGAACAAGCGUGGUCUGGAACGGGUAAUGUCCAGAGGUUAUCUUGUUCCCAAUUCCAGUGAUGUUGUUGUUGUUGGUGGUGGUGGUGGUGGUGCAAAAGAGAACAAGCGUGGUCUCGAGCGGGUAAUGUCGAGAGGUUAUCUUGUUCCUAGCUCUAGUGAUGUUGUGGUUGAUGAUGCUGUUGUUGGUGGUGGUGGUGGUAUAAAAGGAGUAAGACCAUCUGUGCUUAAGCCGCCUCCGGCGAAACGACCGCCUAUUGAUCACCAAGGAUCAUCUUGGGAUUUCCUUGCCCAUUUCGGUCCGGAAGAUGAAAUUGUUAAGCGGCCAAGUUCCUCGUCUUCUUCUUCUUCUGAUGACAAGGGAGAGGAAGUGGUAACGCAGGAUAGGCUUCUGGAGUCUGCCGAUACAGCUGAUGAGUCAUGCUCAUUCACUACAAACGAGGGUGGUGACUCCUCUAGUACAGUAUCUAAUACUUCCCCCGUUUAUUCUUCUGGAUCUGUCAUCACUUCUUGGCUGAAGGGUCAACUUCUUGGGCGAGGAUCAUUUGGCUCAGUGUAUGAAGGCAUUUCAGGGGAUGGGGACUUCUUUGCUGUCAAGGAGGUUUCACUUCUUGAACAGGGAAGUGAGGCACAGGAGUGCAUACAACAACUAGAAAGGGAGAUUGCAUUACUUAGUCGGCUUCAGCAUCAGAAUAUAGUAAGAUAUCGUGGCACAGCCAAGGAUGGGUCGAACUUGUACAUCUUUCUUGAGCUUGUAUCCCAAGGUUCACUUCUAAAAACUUACCAGAGAUACCAGCUUCCGGACUCUGUAGUGUCCACCUACACCAGGCAGAUCCUUGACGGCUUGAAAUAUCUCCACGGAGAAGGUUUCAUCCACCGGGACAUCAAAUGUGCAAAUAUAUUGGUGGACACAAGCGGAGCUGUUAAGCUUGCAGACUUUGGAUUGGCAAAGGUUUCAAAAUUAAACGACAUAAAGUCCAGCAAGGGGACUCCAUUCUGGAUGGCUCCAGAGGUUAUUAACCCGAAGCGUACUGACGGGUAUGGAAGUUCAGCUGAUAUAUGGAGCCUUGGGUGUACAGUUCUGGAACUGCUGACUCAGAAGAUCCCCUACUGCGAUCUAGAAAACCCAUAUCAAGCCCUGUAUAGGAUCGGAAAGGGUGAGCUUCCGGACAUACCUGAUACAUUAUCUCUGGACGCUAGAGAUUUCAUUAUUAGAUGUCUCAGAGUGAACCCUGAUGAGCGGCCAACUGCAGCUGAGCUACUUAACCACCCAUUUGUGAAACGGCCCUUAGCAUCCUCAGGCUCGGGAAUCAAGAUCUUCGCUUCUCCAUAGACGAGGCUAGCUUAGUAGAAUGUCUACAUUGGCGUAAGUAGAAGAUUUGUGAGAGAUGGAUAAGACCCCAAAGAAACUAAAAACAAUUGGGAAAACUUGGAGUAUGAUUCUUCAACACAAGUCUCUGGUUCGGUUGGGCAGUAAGAGCUAAACUGCUUGGAGACAUAUCCUUUAGGUUGUUUCUGGCUGAUUCAUUGGUUAUUUGUUGUUUAAGUUGUGUUAGGCUUUGAUUCUAAAACUGAACAGCCAUAUUCUUCUAGGAAAAGGAUAAAUUAGAGAGUGACUUUGGGGUUUUGAGUGUAUAUGUUUUGUUAAGUUAUAGUGUAUGUAUCUCAUAUGUAAUGUGAUGUAAUGUAUGUAUAAUUGGGGUUUGCUAGUC